GUCGACAGCUUUCUUGAGCUCCUAAGGGCCCGCCUCCCCUCUAGUCUUGAGUGCAUGCUGACGUUUCUUUACGUACCCUGCUCAAUGGUAGCUGUGCUCUAUGCGACAGUACCUGUGCUCCAAGACUGCUGGAUCGUGAUUUUCGGCGAUGUCGGGCGUUAUCAGAUGGCGGUCGAUGGCAACGAUAUUCAGGACCGGGAGGGUUGGGCCGCCGUUAGCCGGGACCGGUACUCUAGGGCCUCCGAAAAAGCUCCAACGAUAGACUGUCUCUUCUACCACCUCGCCAUCUUAAGCCGCACUAACACGUUACAACAGCUGUGCUAUAUUUUGAAGUCGCUC